AAGGAUGUUUGGUGUGUGAAUAUGACAAGAAGUGUUUCUGCCUUGAAGGGUCAGGAUACCCAGCUGAACUGCUUGUUUCAGUUUCCACCUGAACAGACAUAUAACAGAUCUGUUUGGUUUAUUCAUAAAGGAAAAGAACACGAAUCAUGCCUUACUGAUGAGCCACCUCUGCAUAUUACUAUAAAUUAUACUGAAAGAUUUUCUCUUGCUGCCAAUAUCAAGAAUGGAAGCUGCACUUUAGGUAUAAGAAGUAUCACAAUCAGUGAUGAACGUCGAUACUGUUUUAGGUUUUAUACCAAUGAAAACAGAUGGACAGAUAAAGGAGGUGUCACACUCAGGGUUAAAGCAACUCCUGUGAUUUCAGAACUAUAUCUCAAAGAACCCCCUAAUGAAGGCAUCACAAACAACAUUACCUGUAAGGUGUCAAAUGUCUAUCCCAGAGAAUCUUUAAAUAUUGCACUUUGUGCUGACAUUGUCCCAAAAAAUGAAACCUUGUCUGAACAGCGUGAACCAGAUUUGACAUUUAAUGUAAUAAAGACAGUGGUCUUUACUCCAUCUAAGUUCCAUCACCAGAAGUACUGUACUUGUAAUGUAACCCACAGUGCACUACAACAACCACUGCUGAAGACAGUCAUCAUAGAAUUCCAGUAUAAUUCGAACAUAGCUGUGGGAGUUGGAAUAACCACCAUCCUUCUCCUUUUCAUUAUAAUAAUUGUUCUGCUCUACUGUUACAAACAAACUAAAGGAAUCACAGACGGAAGGUAACAUUGUCAAUGAACAUUUUGAAGAACCAGGACUUGUCUAUAGUGAAGUGGAAUUUUCUCAGAAGGAGAAACAAAACAACAAGCCAAAUGAAGACCAACAAAUGCACAUGACUGAAUAUUCAUCUGUUGCUUUCAGGAAAUACUGAUCUUUAAUGUAUUGCAGCAGAUAUUAUUUAGCUAAGCCCAUGGAUUUGCAUAACUGGAGUAUCUAACAAAAAAGAGAGUUUAUUUCAGUUUUCCUUUGAUGUCUCAUUCAUUGUGUGUAACAUCAGAAGAAUUUGAUAGGCUGAUUGCUAGUUUAAACAAUAAAGAAGUGCUAUAUUAUGA